AAGAAACAUAGAGAGAGCGGUUCUACGUCCGAGUCGUCGCAUCAGGUCCCCUCGAUUCGCCGGCGGCGCCACCAACCAAGCUCAUACAUCUGAAUUGACUAGUCAAACUCAGUGAUCUCUUUGGGGACUAAUCAAACUCAAGAACUAAGUUUCAUGUCUGAUCUCGACGUCCAGCUUCCAUCUGCUUUUGAUCCGUUUGCAGAGGCAAAUGCUGAGGACUCCAGUGCUGGUGCUGGAUCAAAGGACUAUGUGCACGUGCGUAUUCAGCAGCGCAACGGAAGGAAGAGUCUGACAACUGUUCAGGGCUUGAAGAAAGAGUACAGCUACAACAAGAUCCUCAAGGAUCUCAAAAAAGAGUUCUGCUGCAAUGGUACUGUAGUCCAGGAUCCAGAGCUAGGCCAGGUCAUUCAACUGCAAGGUGAUCAGCGUAAAAAUGUCGCUACUUUUCUAGUCCAGGCCGGAAUCGUGAAAAAAGAUAGCAUCAAGAUUCACGGAUUUUAGACUGCAAAUUUUGAGUGCUUGUGUGUGCCUAUCAUAUGGUACCAUAUGAUACCAGGUAUUGAAGCUUCGGAAGCUUGUUGGCCUUCGUAACAUCAGUAGUCGUUAUUCAUCUGAAUAUGUGUCAUUAUUUGAUUUGAUAAGACUGGUAUUGAUGCAAGUUGUCCUUGCAGUAUGUUUUGUAAGUGUUACCUGCAUGAAAGUAUCGUUUGUCUGGGGAACUGUCUACUACUGAUAUUGAAUAACAAGAGAGAUUGCUGUUCGUGUUCGUCUA